AUGUCUGCUGAGUCGCGGCACAGAGAAAAAUUGCGAUGUAUUGGGGAGCGUACUUUAUUAACAAACUUGGAAUGUUCACUUCUUGCGUUUAUAUCUACCAAAGCCGAUGUUGUUUUAUCACGACCCAAAAAAGUCGGUCAAUUCUCUCAUGAAUUUUUAAGUGUUUUUACUAUUACUUUUUUAGAAGAAAAUACGCCGUUUACGUUCGAAGUUCCUUCUUUUCUGAAACGAAAAAAAACCGAAAAACUUGUUGAAUUGAACAAAGAAGGGAAGAAAGGUAAGAAAGGAUUUAGACAAGUUCAGAACCAAAAGAAAAGAGAAGUGAUACAUUUAUUAGAGGAUAUUUUAUUUGAAGACGGGUUUCUGGUGUUUUAUGAUAACGAAAAUCGAGAAGGUAUAAGAGGCAAUGUAAUUAUUCAAAUGCCUAAUGGGCAAAUAAUUCAAAAGGAAAUGAUUAUUAAAUUGGGUGAGGCUAUAUGGACGUAUUGCUCGAAUAAAUUCAAUGAAGAACAAAGGUCCGUUUUGAUUAAAGAAAAGGUCACGUUUUCAAAAGAAAAAGUGAUGAGUAUUAUCAGUGAAAAUGUAAAAUAA